AUUCCAUUUGAACAUUUGAAUAUAACAAAUCUUUUUAAUCAUUUUAUUCGAGUAUUUUUCCUCCUAACGAAUAUAUAUUUGACAAUACCAUCUUCUCCUUCAUGCCCAUCUCGUGUCCUCUCUCUUUCUCCCCCAACCUCAGAAACAAAACCGAGAACCAAACACAAAGAAGAGAGCAAUGGCAGCUUAUAGAAGCUUUCAUCAAAUAUUCGAGAGCCAAAGACAAGACAAGGCUCCAAAGUCGCUUCUUGAUACUCUGAUCUCCUCUUCUUCACCCUGGAACCCGCUCCCAAUCAAAGGGCUCCACGUCACCGACCACAACGAAACGCCACCUUUUACAGAGAUAUUCGGUGAGCUCCACUUCAGGGAAUCAGCUCAUUCUUCUUUCGAGAAAACCUCAUCAGAGAACAGUAGCUUGCAGCUGUGUACUGAAGGUCUAGGGUCAGAGAGCUAUUACGACUUGGAAGAUGGGAAAGUCAACUGUGACGGUAACGGAGAAGAAGAUGAUAAUCAUGAGACCGAAGUGAUGAAGGGUAAAGAUAACGGAAGCAGCAAUGAGGAGUGUGGACCAUGGAGGAAAGAACGGAGAGAGUAUCCUCCACCGAUGACAAGGAUGAGUUUCAAGACGUAUAGAGAAGAAGGGAGGCUUGUGUUGGAAGAAGUUAGAAUUCCAAAGAGAGAGUUUCUUCUAGCCAGCCGUGAAGACGGUAGACUCAAGCUGAAGUUGGUUCAACCAGAGGAUGAGGAUGAAGAUGAGGACGAGUACGAAGAAGAGAAGAAAGAUAAACUGGUUUGACUGAUUAUCUGCGAAAUAAUUUUGCUGAUUAUGUGGAAGUUAAUCCGCUAUUCCAUACUAUUAAUGACAAUUAUGAUUGUUAGAACCUUCUUUAGCAUUCAAGAAGGAUUUUGUAGUUAAAUUAAGCUUAUAUCUCUAAAUCACUACCA